AUGCGCUUACAGCUUGUUGAAUGCAUCGGGUACGGCGGCUGUGGUACAGUCUACUCUGCAAAAAUCGUCGGCGCGCCCGACACCAGGAUUGUUGCGGUCAAGAAAGCGCGCACCGAGGAUUCUGUCGAUAACCCCCUGCUGCGACACGAGGCUUGCGCGAUGAUCAGACUCAGAGGCCAUCCGGCUAUACCACAGGUGUGCGCUUAUGGGCGCUCUCAAAUAUACGAGUACCUUGCGCUCGAGAAGCUCGGGGACGAUCUUGGAUGCCUCUCCCAGACACCAAACGGCCUCACUUUGCAAAGCCUCGUCGCUGUGGCCUGGCAGAUGCUAGACGCCAUCGAGUUCAUCCACUUCCAUGGCAUCGUACACUGCGACAUCAAGCCCGGGAACUUCCUCGCUGGCGUGGGCUCUGACGAAGGCCGUGUGAAGCUCAUAGACUUCGGUCUCGCAAGGAACUAUCGCAAUCCAUCGACCCAUGAGCAUAUUCAAGAGGAGGCCCUGCAAAAGCAUCUUGGAACCUAUCGCUAUAUCAGCCUGAACAUGCAUCUGCAUCUCAGCCCCUCACGUCGUGAAGACAUCGAAUCUUUGGCAUACACCAUCGCAGAACUUCUCUGCGGUGAUCUCCCUUGGGCUACGCACGAUACCGACGAUUACUUCGCCCUCAAACAGCUCUGGUCAGGCUCAGCACUUUGCGCUGGCUAUCCAACAGUUUUUGGCGACUUCGUCGAUUAUGCGCGUUCUCUGGCCUUUCAAGAGACGCCCGACUACGACUUGUGGAAGCGACGUUUUCUAAGCGUCGCUCCAGGGCUCGAAGGUCAACCACUCUAUGACCUGUCGAAGCCCGGCCCACUGGUGGGAAAACGCCUUGGUGAUACUGCACCGUCACCGAACGGCCCUGUGCUCAAGCAGCCAAGAUCAGAUUCCUCUUUCGGUGUGUUUGACUGGAUGUCCAUGGGGUCCUGUGGCGAACGCAUCUCCGUUCGACCCGAAGACCUCAUCGGCGACGAACAGACGACGGUGCGCCAGAACUUGGAAUACAUUGAAGAGCCGUUUGCGAGUAAAUACAAGUGGGAGGUCAUGCAUCCGCGAUAGACUGGCGCGCCCUCGGCGUCCGGAAUUACUUAUGCUCGUAGGUACUGGUCCCAUGAACCUUUAGCCUUUGCCAGAUCCGUUACACGCAGGUGUCGCCUCAGAUGGUCAAGACGAUAUGUUACAUACAUACACGACCAGUAUUACAAUACGCUCAGAACAGGGGUACGGCUACCCGCGCUGAUGCAUACGGGUAUCCUUCGUUUGCUAUUUUCUAAACGAUGCGUGAGCUAUUUGGGGACGCCGAGAUUGGACGAGCAACGCACCUCCUGCUGCACGCAGCGAACGGGCCAG